CAGCCUCCUCACGGCUCCCCAACAGUCCAGACCUGCUGGCCCUCCAGGACCAGAGGUGCUCCUGAAGCAAGCUCAGGCAUUUGCUGGUCCUCAUGUCAGUCGCGACCAGCAUGGGGUCUGGCUUCUCUGAGGGGGUCACUGCAGGGCCUGCCAAUGACAUAAGAGAGAUCCACAACUGGACUGAACUGCUCUACUUCUUCAACCAUACUUUGCCUGAGUGCCACAUGGAGCUCAGCGAGAGCACCAAGCGAGUGGCCCUCUUUAUCAUCUACCUGGCCAUCUUCGUGGUUGGGUUGGUGGAGAACCUCCUCGUGAUCUGGGUCAACUGGCGCUGCUCGGGCCGGGCGGGGCUGCUGAGCCUCUACAUCCUCAACAUGGCCAUAGCGGACCUGGGCAUCGUCCUAUCCCUGCCUGUGUGGAUGCUGGAGGUCACACUAGACUACACCUGGCUCUGGGGCAGCUUCUCCUGCCGCUUCACUCACUACUUCUACUUUGCCAACAUGUACAGCAGCAUCUUCUUCCUGGUGUGCCUCAGCAUCGACCGUUAUGUCACCCUCACCCAUGCCUCUCCCUCCUGGCAGCGUCAUCAGCACCGAGUGCGGCGGGCGGUGUGUGCAGGCGUCUGGGUGCUCUCGGCCAUCAUCCCGCUGCCCGAGGUGGUCCACAUCCAGCUGGUGGAGAGCUCUGAGCCCAUGUGCCUCUUCAUGGCCCCUUUUGAAACCUACAGUACAUGGGCCCUGGCAGUGACCCUGUCCACCACUGUCCUGGGCUUCCUGCUGCCCUUCCCUCUCAUCCUUAUCUUCAACAUGCUGACAGCCUGCCGUCUUCGGCAGGCAGGACGACAGGAGGGCCGGCGCCACUGCCUGCUGGUGUGUGCCUACAUUGCCGUCUUUGUCAUCUGCUGGCUGCCCUACCAUGUGACUCUGCUGCUGCUCACACUGCACGGGACCCAUGUCUCCCUCCACUGCUACUUGGCCCACGUGCUCUAUUUCUUCUACGAUGUCAUCGACUGCUUCUCCAUGCUCCACUGUGUCGUCAAUCCCAUCCUUUACAACUUUCUCAGCCCAAGCUUCCGGGACCGGCUGCUGAGCGCUGUGGUCCAUUACCUUCCCAAGGUCCAGGCCAGGGCGGACAGACAUGCUUCCUCUUCCUCCUCCUCUACUCAGCAUUCCAUCAUCAUCACCAAGGAGGGCACCCAGCCCACUGUGGCAGGCCCCCACCACCAACCUAGCCUGAGCUUCCAUGCACCAAAUACCUCACCCAUCUCUGCUCCUCAAUCUCUUACAGCCAGCUGAGGCAGAUUCCAG